AUGGAGCUGUACACUUUAAGCAGGAAUGUAUAUCCAUGGGGUGGCUUUGAGGAGGAAGACCCAGGGGAGCAAUACUUCCAGAAUCUGCCCACCUCCUCGGCCUCUGCCUCACCAGCUGUGCCCUCCACCUCCAUCACCGGUGACACCACCCUAGGACAGCCUCCACCCAGCAUUGCUCUACCUUCUCCACCCUCUCCAUCCCCAUCGCCACAUCUCAGCAACACCGACGUCCUGGCUGCAUACUACCCAGGCAAAUGCAUGGCCCACACCAGCUCGACCUACACCUUCACAACCUGUCGGAUCCUCCACCCAACUGAUGAGCAGACGCGGGUCACACCAAGUCUUAACCCAGUCCCAGCGUCGUCCUCCUGUGUGAUGACCAGCACUUUGUUGGGCACUCCUGCCGCUACACCCUGCACACCCCGCAGGCUCAGUCUCAGGCCGUCCGAAUCCUCAACCAACCUCAGAGACGCAACACGCACAACCAGCACCUCCCUGGGGUUAGUGCGCCUUCUCCAGGAGAGAGGGAUUUCAGCAGCGAUGUAUCACCAGAGCCAGGGCCUGGAUCCCGGUCUGGGCAACGGAGGAGUCUUAUUCAGCACCUCCAUCGCCCCUAACCGAGCGCCUGACCCCCGACCCUCUACCCCUCCCAACUCGCCCACAGGACAGGGAGCUUCAGCCGUACCAACCUCCGCGGGCUUCGACUUCAAGAGCCCUUCCUACGACAACUUCCUGGCCUCCAAACCGGCCCGUUCCAUUCUGAAGGAAGUGACAGGGAGGAUGAGGGGACGGCAGAGAGGGAGGGAUUGCGAAAGCCAGACAGACGUUAGCGUGACCGUCCACAACCUCAACCUGCUUGACAAGGUGAAGCGUCUGGGUGUGGCUGGAGCUCCAGGGGGCAGAGCAGUGAGUCCCAGCCCUAUCCUGGGGCCUCUGGGAGGGCUGCGCAGGUCUGGCUCUCCUUUUGGGCCCGAUGGAAUGAGGAGGAACCGGAGUUAUCCAGCCAUGGUUGGGGCCAGCAUGGCCAUGAAAGCCCCGGGGCCCCAGGAGUAGUCUGGACUGCUGCUGGCCGUUAGUGUAGCCAAGUAGGAGCCAGGCAGGGCCAAGGACUGGCUGUGGAGCAGUCACCUGGAGCCCAAACACUGACGUCUGACUCUGUUCAUACUGUACAUUGUGGCACUGCUGACCAGUUUCUAAUCACUACUGUGUCCACGUGGACACUAUCCACUCUGUAGUUCUUUUAGGUGGUGACACUUAAAGGGUCGGUUCCCCCAAAAUCCAAAAAACUUCUCUGGAUUGUAGUCAUGCAGAUAUCUUUGGUUUUAUGCGCCCAUAUUAUGAGAUCUCUCUCAAAUGCCUCAAAGGUUUCUAACUCCAAUGAAAGGUCAUUUUUUUUCACAGCACUGAACAAUUACAUUUAAAAACUGUCUUUCCAGAAAGUGUCCCUGUUACUCUGGAUAAUCCACAGACCUCACUGUAAACCGUUUUCAUUAGAAUUACUUUCUACCGAUUAAAGUUAAUCAUUUUAGGAAAUACGCUUUUUUUCUUUCUUUCCAGGAGUUUGAAGAGAAGAUUUAUAACACCACUCAUGUUUGUCUGUUAAAGCUGGAGUAAGCUUUUUUGUUAAAAUUCUCUUCAUCCUGACAACAAUCAAUCCAUCAAAUUCUCUGAUAUAAAAUCUAGCUGUCUCUUGCUAGUUUCUCCAACGUUGCCUGCCCUAGCUUUAAGUAUGACACUUGCUUAGCAUAACCAAAUUGUGGCUACAGCUGAAGUUACGUGUUGUAGCUAUUUCUUGGCAACAGUUUAUCUACUCCUGGCAGUCACUGUGUGCAGCAGUUGUUUGUCCAGAAAUAGUUACAGCAACUCCUCCCUGAAACCACAUAAUUGUACACAUUUUUAGAAUCAGAAUCAGGUUUAUUGCCAAGUAUAUUUUCACAUGCAAGGAAUUUGCCUUGGUAAAUUGGUGCAUAUCAAUAAACAGAAAAAAUAAAUAAAUAAAUAAAAAGUAAAACAAAAAAAAAAGGUACUGCAAAGUCAAGAAAUGGAGCUGUACACUUUAAGCAGGAAUGUACAAAAUAUAUAAAAUAUUCUCCAAGAUAUGUGCAAAAAUUCACAAUAUGCAGUAUAAGGAAUAUGUGCAAUAUACUUUAUAGUAACAUGCAGUGUCAUAUUGUUGAGUCCACUAUACACCUAGGGGGAAAGGUUAGGUGCUGGUAGGUAGGUUUUUUAACUUUGGAAAGAGCCAAGUUAGCUGUUUCCCCUGUUUCAGUCUUUUCUGACUUUAAUUGACAUUAAAUUAGAUACUGACAUUUAAUGUCCCCUUUUACUGUGAAUUUUAAUAACUUUGAUGACUUUUCCUCUUGGGCCAUUAGGUCAGAAUUUUAAUUUGUCCAAAACUUUCAAAUACCCUCAAAAACUAUAAACUUUCCCAUCAUCCUCUGCUGUACUUUGAGUUUACUAAUAAUAAGCAAAUCUUGGCAUGCUCACACGCUUAACUAACAUGGUGAACAUGUACCAGCUAAACAACUGGCAUGUUCAUUGUCAUUGUGAGCAUGUUGUUAGCAUGCUGAUCUCAGCAUUUAGCUCAAAGCACCCCCCCACAGAGCCACUAUAGACUCUUUGUUAGUUUUGGUAGUUUUGACAGAUAUCUAAAAAUCUGGGCACAUAAAACCAAUUUUAUGUAAUUCUAUUUUAUGUAACUGGGCGAACUGACCCAUUAACCCUGUAACGCCAAGUGUGUCAUAUAUGAUACAUGAGUUUUAGAGACCUAUACAUCAUCAGUGUGAUACUUUUUUUCUCCCAAAAACCUUAUGUACACAAUCAGAUACGUGUAAUGCACGGAUAAUCCACCAGGGGGCUGAAAUUCGUCCACCAUAGGUCUUUCAACUGAGACAGCCAAAAUGGAGGUUGUCAAUCGGUGACCUGAUUUUAAAUAAUAAUUUACCAAUUCAGAGAAUACAGGAAUUGUGUUUGGUUUGUAUUUUUUAAAUGGCAAAAAACUACAGCAUUAAAGAUACCCUGAUUAUGAA